AUGACAGAGGAUUGCGAGAUGUUUAAGCAGCACCUCGAUGACCUAGUCUCUCGUGGUUAUCUGAAGGAAUUCAUUCAAGAGGAACCCAAGGGUGCUGAAAAAGCAAUGGAGUUGGAUUACGAGCAAAAUUCAAGGGGCGUAAUCCAUAUGAUACAUGGACUGGCCGUAGCUUAUACGAGAAAUAAGGCGGACCUGAUGCAGUCAAUAACUCCAUUGGUCGGAUUCAGUGCAGGAGCAGUCUGGCCAUUGGCCAAAGUAACUCUGCCUGUUAGGGUUGGAACAGUAGUGCUGCGAACCGAUUUCCUGGUGGUAGAUGUGCCAUCUUCUUAUAACGCGAUUAUAGGAAGAACGUGGUCACACAAGAUGAGGGCACCUAAAGCAAAGUUGGUCCAAGCCAUCGAGGUUCCAUACCAGCCAACCAUCGAGGAUGUCGAAGGGGACCCCGCCGAGAAAGUGGUGGAAGGCUUGAAAAAAAUUCAGAUCAAUGAGAUUGAUCCAGAAAGGUAUUUUCUGAUUGGGGAAAGCCUGAACAAACAAGAAAAAAAGUUGGUGGCAUUCCUCAAGGAUCACAUUGAUGUGUUUGCUUGGGUACCUGAAGAGAUGCCUGGGGUGGAUGCAAACGUAAUUUGUCACCACUUGAAUGUGGAUCCACAGCAUAAACGGGUGAUGCAAAAAAAGAGAAGAUCAACCGUACAACACGUAGACAUUGUUAUCGAGGAGUUUGACUGCUUGCUAGAAGUAAAAGCCAUACGAGAAGUUUACUACCUAGAGUGGUUGUCCAACAAUGUGGAUAUCAUCAGAUUGUCAUGUACGGGCCCGAUCAAGAGAAGACUUCCUUUAUUACGUCGAGAGGAUUGUAUUUGUUACCGUGUCAUGCCUUUUGGUUUGAGGAACGCCGGAGAAACUUACCAGAGGCUGACAACGAUUAUGCUGAAAAAGUUGCUCGGUAAAACUAUGAAGGUUUACAUAGAUGAUAUGGUGGUCAAGAGCAAAGAGAGGUAG